AUGAUCUCCACCCUCCCGGGAACUCUCCGACAUAUCCAAGAAAAGCUUCUUCGCUCGGAUACCCAAGAACUCCCCGGACUUCAAAAUGAGAGGCUUGCGAGCUGUUCAGGUCCUUUUGAUAAUGCACUCAAUUCCCGGCUGGCAUCUCAAACCUUCUCGCUGUCUCCAAAACAAAGUCCUGGUGGCUCAUUGCCAGCCUCUACCGCCGCUGAGUGGGGAACAAAGCCUAGGAAAUCUCUCAAUUCAUCAACUGUGCUCAGUGAUAGCCAAUGGAAUCCCAGGGUUUCAAAUGCACAACAUCCGACAAUCGGUACUUUCCAGCAAGACUUGGCUGAAACAUCAGAAUGUUGCAAAGCUCAUGAUUCCUCGAAUGAAUCAAAUAGCCAUCCGAUUAUUGGGGAAGACCAGACCUAUCCUCGAAGCCAGAACUUGGAAGAGAUGGGAGUUAUAGACGAAUUCCUUCAAGCUCAGCCGUUGAAUCUUCAACAAGACUGUAUUGAUGAGACUUGGUUCAGCGCUUUGAAGAUGGCCGGCUUGGAUUGUUCGGAUGACUUUCAGAGUUCUAUUUCACGCUUGGAAUGUUUAGAGCAGACUUUCGAUUUCGAUGGCUGA